AUGGACGUCAAGACUGUCGAGUUCAAGCCUUUUCAGGACCAGAAGCCGGGCACCUCGGGCCUGCGCAAAAAGGUCACCGUCUUCCAGCAGCCGCACUACAGCGAGGCCUUCGUCACGAGCAUUCUCCUCUCUAUCCCUGAGGGAGUCGAGGGCUCCUUCCUCGUUAUCGGUGGUGAUGGCCGCUUCUGGAACCCCGAGGUCGUCCAGCUAAUCGCCAAGAUCAGCGCCGCCUACGGCGUCAAGAAGCUCCUCAUCGGCCAGCACGGCAUUCUGUCAACGCCCGCAGCAAGCCAUGUCAUCCGCCUCCGCAAGGCCACCGGUGGCAUUUUGCUCACGGCCAGCCACAACCCCGGCGGUCCCACGAACGACUUUGGCAUCAAGUACAACCUGGCCAAUGGAGGCCCUGCCCCCGAGUCCGUCACCAACAAGAUCUACGAGACGUCCAAGACCUUGACGUCGUACAAGAUUACAUCGAUCCCGGACAUCGACAUUUCGACCAUUGGAACAAAGACAUAUGGCUCCCUCGAGGUCGAGAUCAUCGACAGCACUGCCGACUACGUGGCCAUGCUCAAGGACAUCUUCGACUUUGACACCAUCAAGAAGUUCUUCUCGGCCCACCCCGACUUCAAGAUCCUCUUCGAUGGCCUCCACGGCGUGACUGGCCCCUACGGAAAGGCCAUCUUCGAGAAGGAGCUGGGUCUGUCCGGCGCCACGCAAAAUUGCAUCCCUAGCCCCGACUUCAAUGGCGGCCACCCCGACCCCAACCUCACCUACGCGCACUCCCUUGUCGAGGUCGUCGACAAGAACAACAUUCCCUUCGGUGCUGCCUCGGAUGGUGACGGUGACCGCAACAUGAUUUACGGAGCCAAUGCCUUCGUCUCCCCCGGUGACUCGCUUGCCAUCAUCGCCCACCACGCUCAUCUUAUCCCGUACUUCAAGAAGAACGGCGUCAACGGCCUCGCUCGCUCCAUGCCCACAUCUGGCGCCGUCGACCUCGUCGCCAAGGCGCAGAAGCUGGAGUGCUACGAGGUGCCCACUGGGUGGAAGUUCUUCUGCGCCCUUUUCGACGCCAAGAAGCUGUCCAUCUGCGGCGAGGAGAGCUUCGGCACGGGCAGCGACCAUAUUCGCGAGAAGGACGGCCUGUGGGCCAUUGUUGCCUGGUUGAACAUCAUUGCCGCCCUCGGCGUCCAGAACCCCGGCGUCAAGCCUUCGAUCAAGCAGAUCCAGAAGGACUUCUGGAACCAGUACGGCCGUACCUUCUUCACCCGCUACGACUAUGAGAAUGUCGACUCAGAUGGCGCCAACAAGGUCGUCGGCGAGCUCAACAAGCUCGUUGCCGACUCGAGCUUUGUGGGCAGCAAGAUUGGAGAACGCACCGUCACCAAAGCGGGAAACUUCUCCUACACGGAUCUGGAUGGCUCCGUCGCCUCCAACCAGGGCCUGUACGCGUGCUUCUCGUCUGGCAGCCGCAUCGUCGUCCGCCUUUCCGGCACAGGCUCGUCUGGUGCCACUAUCCGGCUCUACAUCGAGCAGCACAGCAGCGACCCCUCGACCUACGACAUGGAUGCCCAAGACUUCCUCAAGGCCGAGGUCAAGUUCGCCACGGAGUUGCUCAAGUUCAAGGAGCAUGUCGGGCGUGAUGAGCCCGAUGUUAAGACGUGA